AUUUCUCUACCCCUGCCUUGAGAUUUAUUUCUAUAUAAAUCCCAGCUCAGGGACUAGAAUUCGUCAUGGGUACAGGAAAGAAAGAGGCUACUCGCCGGGAGCGGCAGGGGAAGGUUGGAGAUGGUAUGGGUAAUGUUAGGGUCAAGGGUGAAAAUUUUUACAGAGAUGCGAAGAAGGUGAAGAGGCUGAAUAUGUACAAGGAUGGUAAACCUCGGCGUGACGCUGAAGGUAAUAUCACCGUGGCUGCUUCGUAUCAGUCUAGAGAGGCCCCCGUUGCCAGGAUAGAACCCAACCGUAAAUGGUUUGGAAACACAAGAGUGAUCUCCCAAGAGGCGCUGUCCUCGUUCCGUGAGGCGGUUGCUGAACGGGCUUCGGACCCCUACCAAGUUCUCCUCAAGACCAACAAGCUUCCCAUGAGCCUGAUCAGAGACGGUCAAGGUGUGAAUGGGCUGAAACAGCAUCAAGCGAAGAUGGCCAUUGAGACCUCCCCAUAUAGCGAUACGUUUGGGCCCAAGGCUCAGAGGAAACGUGUUAAACUGGGUGUUGCAUCACUGGAAGACUUGGCUGGCGAGACGGUCAAGAUGCAUGAUGCCUACGUUGAGAAGUCGGAUCAUCAGACUCAUGCCGAUGGAUCGCUCGCCGUCUCUGGAGAUGUGUCUGCUGCGCAAGACGAUGCGCAUACUACGACGGCCACCGCAGUUGAAUCGGUCUUCUCAAAGGGUCAGAGUAAGCGAAUCUGGAACGAGCUUUACAAAGUCAUUGAUUCCUCGGACGUUGUCAUCCACGUCAUUGAUGCCCGUGACCCUGAAGGCACACGGUGUAGGAGUAUUGAAAAGUACAUCCGUGAAGAGGCACCUCACAAGCACUUGAUAUUCGUGCUCAAUAAGUGUGACCUUGUCCCAACAGGCGUAGCAGCGGCCUGGGUGCGACACUUGUCUAAAGAUCAUCCGACGCUGGCUUUCCAUGCCUCGAUUAACAACUCAUUCGGUAAAGGGUCUUUGAUCCAACUCUUGAGACAGUUUUCCGCUCUUCACUCGGAACGAAAGCAGAUCUCUGUGGGCUUCAUCGGCUAUCCGAACACGGGUAAAUCCUCCAUUAUCAACACCUUACGCAAAAAGAAGGUGUGCAACGUGGCCCCCAUUCCCGGUGAGACAAAGGUCUGGCAGUAUAUUACUCUGAUGAAAAGGAUCUACCUCAUUGACUGUCCUGGUGUGGUCCCACCCAACCAAAAUGACACACCCGAAGAUAUUCUGCUUCGUGGGGUUUGUCGUGUCGAGAAUGUAGAGAACCCUGAACAGUAUAUCCCUGCUGUUCUCAAAAGGGUUCAGCCCAAACACCUUGAACGUACUUACGGCGUGAGGGGUUCUGAUGAUCCUCUGGAGUUCUUGGCUGUUCUUGCACGUAAGGGUGGAAGGCUACUCCGUGGAGGAGAGCCCGAUCUUGAUGGUGUCGCCAAGAUGGUGAUCAACGAUUUCCUCAGAGGCAAGAUCCCAUGGUUUACUCCACCACCUCACACACCCGGUGAGGAGGGCGAAAAGGUUAACGGCCGUGAAGGCCGACUCGGUGAAAUGGGUCGGAAGCGGAAGCUUGACACAGUUUCGGAAGAAGCAGAGAAGAGUGAAGCGAAGUCUGGUUCUACAUCUGAUGGAGAGUUUGAGGGCUUCGGUGAUAGUGAUGAUGAUGACAAUGACUCGAUCGCAAACCUUGAAGUCAGUGAUGAGGAGAGUGGAGAGGAGAACGACUGAGCCAUUGUCGACUCCUCCUAUUUUACCAAAUCAAGCCGCCAAAACAGAGGCUACAGGCUGCCGCUGAUCCACUCUUCAGCAACCCCCGUCGGAGCAUAUCCGAAUCUACGCCGCUUCUUAAGCAGGGUUAGACCCCACCGACCAGGCCAGACGAGCAUGGACGCAGGUCUUUCGAGUCGAGAACCCUGAAAGUCGGUGUCAACCCAUCCUGUCGUCGUUUACACGACAUGGCUGGAACCUACUACCUGGGCCAAAUUUUACCGCGAUGGGUGCAUUGGAAGCAUUAAUUGCUUCUUUUGGUAAUGUACACCAUUACAACUCACUAUAGAUACCCACAUAGCUUUGAAAACAAUCAAUUAUGAUAUGAAAUGGUA